GGUCGAUAAAGAUCGGAGCGGUGUGAUAUCCGACAGUGAGCUCCAGCAAGCGCUCUCCAAUGGCACCUGGACUCCAUUCAACCCCGUGACGGUCAGGUCGAUCAUAUCUAUGUUCGACCGCGAGAACAAGGCUGGCGUGAACUUCAGCGAGUUCACCGGCGUCUGGAAGUACAUCACGGACUGGCAGAACGUCUUCCGCACCUACGACAGAGACAACUCUGGGAUGAUCGACAAGAACGAGCUCAAGCAAGCACUCUCAGGUUUCGGCUACCGGCUCUCCGACCAGUUCCACGACAUCCUCAUUCGGAAGUUUGACCGGCAAGGACGGGGGCAGAUCGCUUUUGAUGACUUCAUCCAAGGCUGCAUCGUUUUGCAGAGGUUGACAGAUAUAUUCAGACGCUAUGAUACGGACCAGGAUGGCUGGAUUCAGGUGUCCUACGAGCAGUACCUUUCCAUGGUCUUCAGCAUCGUAUAACCCAGGACUUCUGCAAACAGCGACGUGAUUACGGAAGAGAGACUGAAAAUGCCAAACCUCUUACUUUAACAAAAUGGAGCACGGACGCAUAGACGCUGUUCUUCCUUCAGGGUUCAUGUGAUUGGUGUUUGGGGACCCAGCUGUACAUAUGUAGAUAAUAAGCUGAUCGGCGUUUGCACAGUCGUAACGGUGGUCGUGUCGUUACUCAGAUGCAAGCAUUUGAUUUGGGGCUGUUUAAUUGUGCCAUAAGGUGAGGCCUGAGAAUGCUUCAGGUGUUCUGCAUGUAUAAAAUUUAUCAUGUGCUUUCCUAGAUGGUUCUAAUUCUGUAGUAGAAAUACCUGUAUUAACCAAUAAGAGUUUUGAAUUAAUAUGUAACUUGCACAGAAGACUUUUCAUGUGCCUUACUUUUUAAAAAAAGGGUUUAUUGUAUUCAUUUGAAUAUGCAGCGUAAGCAAUAAAGCAAUGUGCCCCUGUCC